UGUGUGAUGACCUGUGGUGGACGGUGGUGGGUCCGCGCCUUUGGGAGGUUCGAGGGACCCAUGUGUGAACCGGUGGCACAAAUCGAGACAAUUGCUCUCGUGACGGAUGGUAAAUACAAGGAAAGCCCCCAGCUUCACGAAGGGGUAGCUUUUUUGAGCUUGUGAACCUUGGCGUACAGUAAAAACACCACGCGGUUUGUGGACCACCGCAGCGGUGUAUGAACUGACUAGAUGCGCCCGUCUCCCACGACGGCGGCUUUGUUCUGAGCCGGAAACACGGCACCCAAACCGGCCACGCGCGUGAGCCGCGGCGCCGCACGCGGCCGCCUCACCGAACCGGCCGCCGUCCCGUCGGCAGCCAUCAGCAACUGCGAGCUGCUGGCGGCGUGCGGCGGCGUGCACGUGCUGCUGCGCUGCGUGCUGGACUGCUACCAGCCGCGGGCGGUGGACGCCGUGCUGUCGUCACUGUUCGGCCUGCUGGGCCGACCGCCGGCCUGCUGGCCCGACCUCAGUCUGCUGCUGGCGCCGCUGGCCGACCCGCACUACGGACACCACGCCUACGAGGCCGACAGCAGGAGCGGUCCCUCCAGCGGCGAGGAGGUGGUGCGCUCGGCCCAGGUGGCGCUGAUCUCGGUGCUGCGCUCCUGGCCGGGCCUGCUGCUGCUCGGCGCCCAGCACGGCGUCGCCUUCCGCGCCCUGCUCGACUCGCUGCAGGUGGACCGGCCAGAGCUCAGGAAAGCCAUGAUAGACCUGCUGUUCGAGCUGCUGGGCCGCGAGCCGCCGGACCCGAACAAGACCCCCGAGGCGCAGGUCAAGGACUUCCUGGACGGCGGUCUGGCCGCCGAGUCCUGCAAGCUAUACGAGGGCUUCGUGGCUGAAGAGGCGCGUCUGUACCUGCCGCACCUGGGCGAUACGCGGCCCAACCUGGUGAUGAACCAUAUGGCCGCGCUGCUGUACAUCCUGCUGGAGAACGGCGUGCUGGAGGGCCUGGUGGAGGUGGUGGUGACGGCGGACCGGCCGCUCAGCCUGGCUGCCACACUGCUCAUCGGCGACAUCCUGCACCAGGUGAACGAGGUGCUGCCCAUCGAGUGUGCCCGCUUCUCCAACUGUCUGCCGACGCUGCUGAGCCGGGCCGACCAGUGCGGCCCCACCGAGCGCACGGUGACCGAGGCCAUCAGUCUGCUGAGCAGGCUGCAUGCCUUCCGGCGCCGCCGCGCCUCACACGACGGCGCCAGUCUCUUCUUCCGCCAGCAGAUGGCGUUCUGCGGCGUGGCCGAUCCACCCGUGACGGAUAUCUUCGACCGGGCGCUCAAGGAGAGCGGUGGGGCGCGGGUGAGUGACGCCUGCGUGCGGAGGCUGGUGGCGGAGAGCCGCGUGCUGUCGUCGGAGGACCCGGCCGCCUGGCGCUGGCCUUCCGUCCACUGUCUGGUCAAGCUGUCGACGAGCCAGCACAGCGGGCAGCUGUGCGCGCCGCUGGCGCAGCUGUGCGCCCAGCUGGAGCCGGCCGGCCGGCCGUUCUGGCGGCAGUCGGUCAACCGCGCCGACGACCAGCAGCUGCUGGUGCUGUCGGACCUGGUGGCCGCCCUUCUGGACAUCGAGCCGAGCGUGUGCGGCACGUGCUGCCACCUGCUGGGCUCGCUGGUGGCCACGAUGGCGGCGUUCCUGCGCGGCACGGCCGACGCCGAGCCCGAGUCGGGCCAGCAGAUCAGCGCCAGCUCGCUCAUCAACUCCAACGUGCAGUACUACUUCCUGCUGCUGGGCCGGGUGUCCAGCGCGCAGCGGGGCCGCGACCUGCUCGACCAGCACGGCCUGCCUGCCGUCCUGCUGCAGCUGAUGCGCUCUGCCGGCUGGGACUACUACGUCAAGCUGGUGGUGUCCAGUCUGGACUACAGCGGCGGCCGAUGGGCCUGGUCCCUGCUGGAGCAGUGUCUGGCGCUGCCGGAGGAGGCCAAGCGGCUGUACUGUACGCAGUUCCUGCGGCUGCUGGCGCGCGCCCGCUGCCCGGGCUUCGCGCGCUGGGGGGUCGAGCUGCUGGUCGGCCAGCUGUACGACUCGUCGGAGCGCGUGGCGGCCGCCGCACUCCAGGUGGUGGAGGAGGUGUGCGACUACGAGCCGUACCUGCGGGAGGUGGUCAGCCAGCAGCCGUCGGUGCUGUCGCUGGGCGACGGCGGCGUGCUGCUGUUCGUCCGGCUGCUCUCCGUGCCGGCCGGGUACCGCAUGUUCCAGCGCGCCAACUUCCUCGACCACGAGCUGGACCGCUGGCGGGACGGCUUCAACGCCAGGUACGUGUCGCUGCUGGAGGCCGAGCUGAACGACUCUCUGACCCGUCACCAGCGGUCGGCCGGCGGCGGGUACGGCCGGCGCACCGGCGACCGGCACCAGACGCGGCCCGUCCACCUGCCCUGCCACCUUUACGGCCAGCUGGCUCACCACCGGGCCGGCUUCGACAUGGUGCGCGGCCGGCCGGAGGUCACCGACAUGAUCCGGGUGGUGAAGACGGCGGCGGCCGACCCCUCCGUCACCGGUAACCUGCACCAGCUGAAGACGGCGCUCUGGGCGCUGGGCAACGGCGCCGCCGCGCUGGCACCGCUCGGUUGGCAGUGCGUCUGCCGCCGCUGGACCGAGCACUGGGUGGUGGACGAGGAGAAGCUGGACGCGCCCGGCGACGACUACUACCCGAGCGAGGAGGACGCGCAGGGCUACGCCACGCUGCAGGGCCUGACUGGCCGCACUGGACCCUCGGACGGCCACAAACUGGACCCUCGGACGGCCAUAGACUGGACCCUGAGCUCGCGCCGCUCCUCGCUCACCACCGUCAAGCGGUACCAGCUGCAGCGCGCCGGCUUCGGUCCCGCCUACGUGGGCAUCGCGCUGCCGCUGGAGCUGUCGUCGGGCCUGCUGGCGCCGCUGCCGGGCGUGGCCGCUGCUGCCGCCGCCGCCCGGCAGUCGUUCGACGACACAGACCCUGAGAACAGCUCAAAGGAGGCCAGCCUCUCGUGCGACGACGAUGGCGUGUUCGAGUUCCACAACUCCUCCAACUGCCUGAGGUGCUUCACAUUGAAGGACCGCCAGGAGCGGAGGCCUCGCAAUAGAACAGACACGGAGUCGAGCACGGAGAGCGCGCAGCACGUGUCGUCGCCGCCGCAUCCGGACCCGUAUCUGGCGCACCUGCGGCCCGGCGGCGGCGGCGGCGGCGCCCUCGAGAUUCCGUCCUCCAUCACCAGCGUCGGCAGCGCCACCUCCAUGACCAGCAACGACCAGCUGCUGGGUGGCAGCCGCAGCAUGAGCGGCGGCCACGUGCGCUCGCUGGUGCGGCGCGAGCUGCUGCGUUUCGUCGGAGCGCUCAGCACCAGCGUCGGCGUACGCGCCGCGGAGCAGGGCCUGUUGUCACUGAAGCAGAAGUUCAGCGGCAUGCUCCGCUCGGACCUCUGUCUCUACUCCGAGAUCCACCAGAUCAUGGCCUCCUACAACUUCCGGCUGUCGUCACGCCGCUUCCUGCAGGAGAUCUUCGAGGAUAUCAUAUUCGAAGACGUGAAGACCGAGGCGCUCUGGAUCAUCGGCCGGUGCCGCCAGGACCGGCUCGACCAGACCUUCGACACGGAGACCAUCCGGCGACACAACUCCCUCGACUGCGACGACCGGACCGAGCCGUCCUGACCUCGGCCCCCGUGACACGGGCCGACCUGAGCUGACGGCCGGCCGAUUCCAGCGACGGCUAGUCCGCGGCAGAGUCCGCUAACGGCCUCAUGGGCUGGACGGAGCUUAGUGUAA